AUGUUUCAGCGCCACUCAUCCCGUCUCGACCAAUCAGCUGAAAUAGGCGACUUCAAAAAGAUGCUCGGCCGGUUCGCUCUUGAGAACAUUGCAGUACCUGGUGCAGUAGGAAGUGGGGCCACCUUUUCAUCUUCUGACGAGAACCGUUUCGCCGCCGAUUCCGUCGUAUACAGUCUCCAACGCCACUGGCAAUUUUUCCACAGACAGCGGCAUGGCGGGCAAAUCGCCUUCCCCAUCUACAAUCCGGCAAAUAUGGAGUCGGAAAACGACAACCGCCGUGGCAUUUGCUGUAGUGUUACUGUUUUGCUGGACUUUGGGGCCCGCGUCCAUACUCUCCAAUACUCGGAUCGGAGGCCGGGAGUCGGCCAAAAUGUUCAGCCCGGAAGCGGACUCACAGCAAUCCCUGAAGUCUCUGGAUUCAAUGAAGACGUCGACUUCCCAGGCUCAUUUGGUGGAAACGUCGCGUUACUGAUGGAAGAGGAUCCAAUGGCGAUAUCGAACUUCGCUUCGGUAUUGCUACACUUCCGCAGCAUGCUUGGUUCUAGCUGGGAAGUGGUGAUUCUCACACGAAGGGGAUGGAAAAUUCCCGAGAGUCUGAUACUACGACAACUCCUCAGCGAUGGCAAGAUUAAAGUGAGAUUCCUGCCCGAUGAAGUUUCGUUUCCGUCACAUCCAUCUGUGUCUAUAUUCCUCACAGAUCCCUGGCUGUGGGAGACUUUUGAGAAGGUCAAUCGCGUCUUGAUGUUCCAGGCCGACAGCAUAAUCUGCAGCAACUCCAAAGCCAGCGUCGACGACUUCCUCGAAUGGGACUUCAUUGGGGCGCCCGUACUGCCGGCAUACGUGGACUCGACUAGACCAAAUCCCCGCUCCUUCAACGGCGGUCUUUCGAUUCGCAAUCCUCGCAUCUUCGCCGAGAUCGCCCGUGAUCCUAACUUAAACUUCACACAAGACCUGCACUCAGGGCCAUACGACAAGCUUCCAAACAACAUGCGCUUCGAAGACCACUGGUUCAUGUGGAGGAUAGACGAGCGACCAGACCUGAACGCGCAGAUCCCGUCACCCGAGGUCGCUGGCCAGUUCUCAGUUGAGACGUGGUACUUUGACCACCCCCUGGGCUAUCACCAGCCGCACCGGUGGCAAGCGGAGCGAUACUCAGAGAUUGUGGAGUGGUGCCCUGAGGUUGGGCUUAUAUAUAAUCAGGAGGCUCCGGACCAGAGGUGGAACUGA